GCGGCUGGAGGUAACCUGUCCGAGAAUCGGCAUUUACAAGACCAGCUUUUCAAUUACAAAUCUUUAAAGACCUUUCUCCAUCACACGGAUAUGCACUACGGCUGCCUAAAUGUUUCUUACUCCACCCUGGAAAGUUAACUUGGUCCAAUUCUUGGACGGAGGUGCCAGGAUAACCAGUGGGUUUCCACCCAGACCUUUUCCAGAUAUACGUAUCUUGAGGAUGAGAACGAGAGGAUAGAACUCCUGGCUGUAUUGCAUUCCACAACAGUCUGUCCUUGAGGAUUCACCAUGCCACUUGAACUGUGCAACAGCAAAGGAGAGCCAGAAGGAAAGAUAACCAAGAAGACGAAGGGAGAGACUCGCUAUGUAGACCCCCCAGAUGGGGGCUGGGGAUGGAUGAUCAUCUUGCACUGCUUUCUGGUGAACGUCUUGGUAAUGGGCACCCUGAAGAGUUUCGGGAUCUUUUUCGUGGUGCUGCAGGACGAUUUCGAGGGUUCCUCGGAGAGCAUCAGCUGGAUCGGCUCCAUAAUGUCCUGCUUGCGACUCUCCUUAGGUCCCCUGGCCUCUGUUGCGUGUGGAAAGCUGGGAUGCAAGAUUACCUCAAUAGCGGGAGCGGUGUUAGUCAGCACGGGCUUCCUGAUUAGCAUGCUAGCAACCAGCGUGGUCUUCCUGUACGUCAGCCUGGGACUGGUUGUAGGUCUUGGCUUUGCUCUCCUGUACCAAGCCACGUCUGUCGUGACAGCGACGUAUUUCAGAAAGAGGAUCGCAACGGCGUAUUCUAUUGGCCGCUCUGGGAUGGGUCUGACCUUUGCCCUUGCUCCUUUCACUCAGCUCCUUCUAGAGAAAUACGGCUGGCAAGGGGCUUUCCUCAUCUUUGGAGGCCUCAUGUUGAACCUGGUUGCUUCCGGGAUGCUUCUGAGGCCUAUCAACCUUAGACCAGCCUCAUCCUCGUCCUCAUCGCCCGUACCUGCAGGCCGAAAAGAGCAGCCGAGCAAGGGGUCCGGUCUGGAGAACGGUCCUGCCAACGCAUGCUUGAACGAACACCGCCCUUUACCUAGUGGCAUUACAAAAACCGACCCGGCUUUGGGACACCACUGGCAAACCCCAGCCCCUGAGUCAGCAGCCAUGGAAACAAAUGCCCCACUGACCUCAGACCUCACAACGACUACGGUCAGAAACGGCGUCAACGGUCAAGCCAUCGCACACGGCGAGGCCGUGGCGGGACAUGACACCUCGGAGGUGAACUCGUCGAUGCAGAACGUAAAUUCCCCCGUCUUAGGGAAUGCGCUGGAAAGCAGCGGUGUCCUCAAGCAACCCCCGAGAAAAAAACCAAAACUUCUGGAUUUCUCCCUGUUAAAAAACCCUUUCUUCUGCAUCUACACGUGGUCGGUGGUGUUCAGUCAGCUGGCCUACUUCAUUCCUUAUUUCCAUCUGUCAGCGCGAGCCAGGACCCUGGGGAUUGAUCCCAUGGAUGCGGCCUUCAUCAUCUCAGUGGCUGGGAUAACGGAGGCAGUGGCCCAGCUGGUAUCGGGUCUGGUGACGGACAGGACCCGGCAGCACAAGUUCCACUACCACAAGGCCUACCUGAUCCUGUGCGGAGUGGUGAACCUGCUGUCGCCUCUGGCCACCACCUACCUCCAGCUCAUGGUCUACGCCGUCUUCUUCGCCAUCUUCUGCGGAGGCUACAUGACUCUGUUGCUCCCCGUCCUGGUGGACCUGGUUGGGGUGGAGAGGCUGAACACCUCGAUGGGCUUCUCCAUGUUUUUUGUGGGUCUGGGCUGCCUCACGGGACCUCCCCUGGCGGGCUGCCUGUAUGACCACACCCAGACCUACGACGGCUCCUUCUACCUGGCGGGCGUGUGCUACCUGCUGUCGUCCGUCUCGCUGUUCCUGGAGCCCCUGGCCCGGCGCUGGCAGGCCCGGCGAAGAGCGCAGUGGGGCCCGGAAGGGAAAGAGUCCCUGAAGGGCGACAUUUUGUAGCACGAGUUGGCGACAGGAGAUGGGACAGGAGGGCAGACAAAGACCGCAUCCUCUGGGAGAGGCUUUGCUAAGGGCUCUCCUGUCCUGACUAAAAGGGUACGGGCUCUGUGACCCGAAA